AUUUUUUUUGCUUUCUUCUUGGGAACUAGACAAUAGUUUGAGAGAAAGCAAAGGCAUGUGACUUUUAUGAGGAGACAGAGAAGAGGAUGUUUAUUGUUUUUGAGAAAGGAAAUGUGUUUUUGUGCUGCUCAGGGAGGUUGUGAACAAAACCGCCCCGGUGCACACUCAUUUAUACCUACUGGUGUUUAAGGUCAUUUGGGGUCGACCAACUGUCACCCUACAGGCACACCGCAGCAUAGAGAGAUAUGCAAAUGUCAGGAACAAGAUUGUGCACAUGCACUAGCCGCAAAAGCAAACUUUCCUAAAUAAUAAAUAGAUUUACUCCUCUGACACUGCCUCAUGCUCUUUGCACUUGUAUAUGCGUUGUACUACUGUAGGCUCCCAACUGCUCAGCGCUCGCUCAUUAUUGAAAAGUUGAAAUACAGUUUCCUGUGGUUGUAUCUGCAAUAUGAGCUCCUGAACUGCGGUUACAUUAUUCUCUCCAACAGUCAAAGGGUGUUGGGUGUUUGUGUGUGUGUGUGUGUGUGUGUGUGUGUGUGUGUGUGUGUGUUAAAAACAAAAAAAAAAAAAAGAAAAGACGCAACCUUAAGGUUUAAUCGGUGCAUCAGAAGUGCCUUCACAUCAGUAAUCAAGAUACCAGAUUGUAAAUGGAUCUUCAAGCAAGGCACAGACGUCCUUCCUGCUGGUUCAUGUAUGCCAUUCAGCUCGUCUUUACCUUCUCUGCAGUUUAAAGACUCUGGCACAGGACUGCAUUCUUGAGAGAAACUGAAUCUGAAUCUGAGAGUUUGCCCCCACCUUAAUCUGUAACUUAAGGGGAGACCGAGCAUCAAAUGUGAAGUAUCAGCAACAGCGAACAUUUGAUUUCAAAGACUGAUUAUUGAGCAUAUGGACAGAACUUGGAGCAGAUUGCAUGUUUUUCCAACUGUCUUUCCUACCUUGGAAAACAUGGAUGCCCUCUUUGAGUCAGGUUGAACAUCUUUCACCUUAUCCCCUCCUUCCUAUCUCUUCAAUAGAAGGAGGGGUGGGGGACUGGUGUAGCUCCCCCUGCCCCUCCUUGUAGAGUAGGCAAGUCUAGCUAGGCACCAUAGCAUUUAUUUUCUCCGACUGCCUAGUGCUCCCACCACCUCCAUCCUUCCAUUUCCCCUCCCUCUUCAUGAAGUCCUGCCAGAGCCUCAAGGAAGAGGUGUCCGUCCCUAGCCUAGACGGGAUGUCCCAGGAGGAAGGACGCAGGGCGCAGGUGUCCCAAUCCUACUUUCACUCCCCUACCGCAGAUCUAGACCUGACAGGCAAGCUGUACAAGCGGGAGGUCGGUGGCAAGCCUUACUCUGUGCUGGUAGACAAUAAAAUGGCGGCCAAGACGUCCAUGGGAGACCAGAACCUCGGUCAGCUGCCCACUCAGCAUGUAACCCCACAGCAACACCAGCAGUACUACAGAGAGGGAGGAGCGGUGCAGGAGGUGGGGGCGCAGGGGUCCCAGGCUGGCAACGGGGGCACCUCGGAGGACACGGAAGAAGAUGAUGAAGACGAGGAGGAAGAGGGCGAGGAUGAGGAUGGUGAGGAAGAGGAGGGCUUUAAGCGUGAGCAGAUCAUUGUCGAGGUCAACCUGAACAAUCAGACACUUCACGUAUCCAAGGGGGACAAGACGACCGGACCCGCGGCGGAUGACUCUGAGAGAGCCGGGAGUGACGACGACGAUGAGGAGGAAGAAGAGGAGGACGAAGAAGAGGAGGAGGAAGACAGUCCCGACGAAGAAGAGGAGGAGGAUGAAGAGGAGGAGGAGAUUGAAAGUAGAAGAACUAGGUCUAAAAGGGCCCGUCGUGGGACGAGCGGCGCGGCAGCUCCCAGUCAGCCGCGGAGGAAGAGCCUCCGAACGGCGCUGAGCACUGCCACCACCGGGAUGACCACCAGGGGGCGACGGAAGCGCAUGGAGCCUCCAAAGAGGAAGUGCAGAUCGGCCAGGGCGGCCCCCUCGUCUGCCGGCUCCACCACCGCAGCCACGGGAGGGAAGGCGGAGGGGGAAGAGAAGGAGAUGCUGGCGUGCGAAAAGUGUCCACGGGUUUUUAACACACGCUGGUACCUGGAGAAGCACAUGAACGUCACACACCGACGCAUGCAGAUCUGCGACAAGUGUGGCAAGAAGUUUGUCCUGGAGAGUGAGCUGGCCUUACACCAGCAGACUGACUGUGAGAAGAACAUCCAGUGUGUUUCCUGCAAUAAGUCUUUCAAGAAGCUAUGGUCGCUGCAUGAGCACAUUAAAAUUGUGCAUGGCUAUGCAGAAAAGAAAUUCUCGUGUGAAAUCUGUGAGAAGAAGUUCUACACAAUGGCCCAUGUCCGAAAACACAUGGUUGCUCACACCAAGGACAUGCCGUUUACUUGUGAGACGUGUGGGAAGUCAUUUAAGCGCAGCAUGUCUUUAAAGGUUCACUCGCUCCAGCAUUCUGGGGAGAAGCCCUUCCGUUGUGAGAACUGUGACGAGCGGUUCCAGUACAAAUACCAGCUGCGCUCCCACAUGAGUAUUCACAUCGGACACAAGCAGUUCAUGUGCCAGUGGUGUGGCAAGGACUUCAACAUGAAGCAGUACUUUGAUGAGCACAUGAAAACACACACAGGAGAGAAGCCUUUCAUUUGUGAGAUUUGUGGGAAGAGCUUCACCAGCCGGCCCAACAUGAAGCGCCACCGUCGUACCCACACCGGGGAGAAGCCCUACCCCUGCGAGGUGUGCGGCCAGCGCUUCCGCUUCUCCAACAUGCUCAAGGCGCACAAAGAGAAGUGCUUCCGGGUCACCAGCCCCGUGGUCCUGCAGACCAGUGGCCCGCCUGUGCCUCUCCGGAUCUUUGCCAACACGCUCUCUUCCUCCUCGUCUGGCCCCGGCCCCUCAGCCGCCACCCCGGCCACCACCUCAGCACCCCUGGGCCUCAGCCCAUCAGGGGGGCCCAUGGCUCCGCGAGGCCCCGUGGGACAUACAUUCUCACAUCUACAGCUCCACUCAACUCCCUCUCACCAUCAUUCGCACCCCUCCACCGCCCAGCAGCACCUCCCGAACGCCACCCAGCACGCCGCCCCGCCUCACUCCCACCACCACCUGGCCGUGCCCCCUGUCUCCCAUCUGCCUCCUCCCCCUGCCCUCUUCAAAAGCGAGCCCCUCAACCACUGUGGGCACGAAGACAGCAGUUACCUACACCACAUGGCGCCGCCUGACAAAGGCCCCGGAGCGCCCCAACACCACUGAACUGCGCUCCAGGCCUGUCAGCCCACACCAAACCACACCUGGCUCCUCCUCUUGUCAUACCAGGUCCUGCUUCAGUCAACUACCUGCAAGGCCUCUGAUCCAGGGGUGUCCUCUCUAACAAAAUGUGGACAUGUAAAGCUAAGCAUACACCUCUUUGUACAUGUGAAACAUACAGACUGAUACACGCUCAGUACACACAUUAGCUACUUAGAAACCUCCCGGCAACUGACAAAGAUUUGAAAACCUCUUGAUAAAACCUUUUUUUUUUUUGUUUGUUUGUUUUGUUUUCCUGAUCACAUUCGUAGGAAAUCUGCAGAAAAGAAUUUGUAUAAUUCUUAUCACCAUUGGUAGGACUAUUGUAUGUGAGAUCUCUUAUCUGUACAUUCAUGUGUAAAGGAUAUCCUCUUCAUGGAAGCUGACAUACGUAUUAUCUGGGCUUGGUGAAUCAUCAAAGAUCUAUUUCAUCCAACUUACUCCUUAAUGUCAAGUUGACUUAUGGUUGCACAUUGUUCAGGGCUUUUGCUUUGCGUGCAAGUCCUCCCCAUAGCAGUACUCUACCCUCAGCAGUACUCCUUCCAGUUGUACUGCAGAGCCUUUGGCCUCACAAAUUAUCUAUGAUGAAUGUUGGAACUGGCUCUACCGGAGCCUGUCUCUCUGUCCUUUGGCGAAGGCUGGGGCUUUCAGUCCUCGCAGGGUCAGUGGAAGUGCAAGAUGCAGUGCCAUAGGUCGCAGUAAGGGGGAAGGAAUGUUUUUUUUUUUUGUUUGUUUGUUGUUUUUGAAAGGCCACCUGAAAAGGAUUUGUAAAUGGCUUGUUGGAUCUAAACAUAGUCUGAGAUUGAUAUGAUGGUUUAAUGGUGCUUUCCAUUCCAGUACUUAAUACAGUUCUUAAUUUUGCUUUUCUGUUUGAGUUCCACAGUGUAAUAUUACAAAGUGACAGUUGUAUUGUGUCAUACAAAAAGUGUAACAUGUCCAGCCAGCCUGAUUUUUAUUGUAUUAAUUUGAGGUUAUAAGGUUCGACCAGAUAUUUUGUAAACCAAAAAAAAAAAAGAAGAAGAAGAAGAAAGAAAGAAAUGCAAGUAAAGCAGGACAUGCUCCAGGCACAUACCCUCACACCUUCUCAAGCACACACACAUGCAGAUACAGAUACAGAUACAGACUGUAUGGCCACUGAUCUGGUUUUAUCAGAGUAACCUCAGCUUUCAGUACUGUCGGUCAGCAGAUGCUUUGAGAUAACAUAUGACUGUCAAAUACUGCCACUGUGAGGGGCCAGGCAUAUGGCCCCAUCUGCAUUUUUCUCUCGCCCGCCCCCACCCCACCUCUCUCCGCUGCUGUCAAAAUGAUACGGGUUACCAUGUUAAAGGUCAUUUGACAUACAGUACUUAGACUCGGGACCUUUUUCAUCACAGUUCUCAACAGAUAAAUAUGCAUAUUCCGAUUAGCCUAUAUUCCACAGUUUGGUGUGGGGCUUUUUUGUAAUCUAGAGUUUUUUUGUUUCUUUUUUUUUGUUGGUUUGUUUUUCCUCAAAUUUUCCACACCCACUGACAUACGUUGAUUCACACAGGCAAACACAUAUGUCAAAGCUUGUUGAAUGUUGCCUACCUGUAAUGAUGGAACAGCCUCGAGGCUGUCAAUCAAUCAUGUGUUUUAAUGUUCACAGAUAAUUUGCUCAGUUUAAAGUAAUGAAUGGUUCUCUAGAUAUACUGUUGCUAGCACAUCGUAAGAAAUGUCAGAGGAUCAACGGCAAUGGUUAUACAAUUUCUAGUACUUGCAAUUCUUGUAUAGAUAAGCAUACAUGUAAUCAAGUCAUGGCAAGAAAUGACAUUAAUGUAAUGUCUGAUUGUGUGAAUGUUAUUUGUUAAACAGGAGCAGAAAAGGCUGUCAAGUAUUUUGGGAUGACUUUUGGUUGCUUGAUGGAAGCGGGUUGUUAACCCUUUACCCAGUCUCAGACUGUUAUCAGAUUAGUGUUUUGGAACAACAUUGAGCUUUGUGAGUGUGUGUGUGUGUGUGUGUGCAUGAAUGAAUGAAUGCGUGUGUAUGCGUGCACGUGUGUGUCGCAGUCUGUCUGGUUGUCCCUGGUGCUCUUGUAUCAGAAGCUGCUUUUACAGUCUGCCCCAAUAUUUGUGUAUUUGGGGAUACCUGAGAUGGACGAUAGCAGUAAAUAUAGCACGACCCUCUUCUCAACCGCCUUCUGAAGGUAUUUGGUCCUCGAGUGAUUAAACUCAGUAGCCUAGAUGUCCCUCCUUGAUUGAGACCUACAGCUAUCCUGCCAUUUCUGUGGGUCUUAUCAGCCCCUGCAUUUGCUUAUCAACCUGUCCCCUCAGGUUCACUACUGUGCUUCGACAUUUUGCAGUAUGGAUCUUUUUUUUUUUUUUUUUUGUCUUUUUUUUUGGAAGCCUUUUCAUUUGUGUGUAUCCUCUGCACUUUACUGCUGCGUGGGUGAGGCGCAGGGAAAGGAGGGACUGACAAUGCAUUGUGGAAGAGAGUGAAGUUUUGGCUGCGUCGGAGAGGGUGGCGGUGAUUACUUUGGUGAGUGGAUGUUUUUAGGCAAGGAAAAGGAGGAGAAUCCCGAGUGGAGGCGGGUAGUGUGGAAGGGACCAUAGCAAACGAAGGACAUUUCUUUUAGUCUGUGCAUAUGUUUUAUUUUCUACUUUUUAAAAUAAAUAUACUUUUGUUCCAGUAUGGACUCCCCUCCACCCCUUAAAGUGUAAAAGUCAUGUUCCUCCUGCUUUGGCAAUUUUACACUAGCCCCUCCAAGCUUUCAUCUGAAAUCCAUUCUUUUGUUUUGUGUCCUUACAAAGUUUCUUCUGUCGUGUCCUUUUAUUUCUUUCAGUUUGCUGUAUGAUUCUCCUCCUCUUUUCUUUGUUGUAUAGAAUGCACUUUCUACUAAAAUUCUUGGCUAGUUAAGAAAAAAUAACAUUGUAUAUUCUUUAAAGAUGUUUUAAAAAAAAAAAUCAAUAUACUUUUUCCCCUUUGUAUUUUUAACCACUUAAUGUAGCAUUGCGUAUUUUAUUAUUGUAUCUGGUACAAAAUGUGCAGCUUUAUAAUGUCCUGGGUUGUCUUUGUUUUUAUUUUUUGUAUGUUUUCUGGAGGUUGAGGAGAAGUGGAAAUGUUGGGCCUUUUUUGAUAAUGUACAUUUAACUGACUCUGCUAACUUUGAGAAGUAAAAACAAGUAGCCAUGAUGAU